AAUCACACAGCUACUCCAAGAGGCGGGACGAACACAUUGGACUUCCGGUAUUGCGUCAUUCCCUGACGCACAAUAUGAAUAUUCAGCACGAGGCGGGGGCGGCGAACGUCAUCUGCAGCGCGCCUGGAAUAUUCUACGCAUGCGCCUUGGGAAAAACGUGCAGCUGUAGUAGCAGAACAUUUUUUGCAAGUCACGAUGGGCCUGAGUAGUAGACGGCGAGACAAAUAUCAACAUUAGCCGACAUUAAAUAGGAAAGGAAAUACGUCUACGAGCGGAUAGCGAAUUCAAGGACUCGGUUUUGUAUCUUGCCAGAGCACGGACUGUCAGAAUCAACACACUGUGCGAGAAGAGCCCACGGACGGACCGGACCCGCGCUCCAGCACAGCCCUGCUGGUGACCGACCCGCUGCCUCGCCCUCGCUCGCUCGCUCGCUCCCGGACUGCGGACCAGGCGACCGUCCCUCGGACACUGACCACUCGCUGGCCAGCGGGGGAGAAAGAGGAAACGCCCAGCGCCUCUCUGCGGCUUCUCGCGCUUUCCUGUUCCCUCCGACGGCGUGUGGGCGGAGGGGGCGGGGAGAAGAAGUCAGAACUCCUGCCUCCUCUCCACCAGGUCUUCCCCCCCGUAUCCCCACCCGGGCUUCUUCCGGAAGAAGAGCAGAGGGGAGCGCCCAGCCACGGGGUCGUAGCGGCAAGCGGAUUCGGCCUCCUUUUUUUUUCCUCUCUUCCCCCCCCCCCCCCCCCCCCCCCCUUUUUUUUUUCUUCCCCCCUCCUCCAUCUUGUCCGGUUGCAAAGAAAUGCUUUACCUGAAAAAAUACUUCACGGAGGGCCUGAUCCAGUUCACCAUCUUGCUGAGCCUCAUCGGGGUGCGCGUGGAUGUGGACAGCUACCUGAGCUCCCAGCUGCCCCCGCUGCGGGAGAUCAUCCUGGGCCCCAGCUCGGCCUACACGCAGACCCAGUUCCACAACCUCAGGAACACUCUGGAUGGCUAUGGCAUCCACCCCAAGAGCAUCGACCUCGACGACUACUUCACCGCCCGCCGCCUGCUGAGCGAGGUCCGCGCUCUGGACCGCUUCCUGGUCCCCAGCACCGAGCUCAGCACCUGGCUGGUCCACCGCGACCCCGAGGGCGUGGGCAGCGCGGGGCAGUCCAGCCCGGGCAUCGCCCUGGACAAUGGCGGCGGGCUGGAGGACGUGGGGAACCCCGAGGGCUCGGCCAUGAGGGGCGAGGGCCCGCCGCCGGGGUCCGGCUACGGCCUGGCGGGGGCCGAGGAGAGCCUGGGCGCCGUGGCCCCCCAGGAAGGCGAGGAGGGCGAGGGGGGCGGGCGCGGCGAGGGGGACGGCGGGGACGACCUGACCAAAGAGGUACGCCGCCGCCCUGUCCGUAACGCGGAGCCCGUUGGCCGUUUUAAAAUGAGCGCAGCUCGCACCGACAACCAAGCACAGCAGCUGAGCACUGGAGGAGAGCCUGUGGGUGGAAAAAGGUCAAAGGGCAUUCUUGAGCUCAUCCGCAGGCAGCAGUUGGGGCAGAGUGGCCGGAGCCUGCCGGCCAAGCUGGGUUUCGUUUCGGCGCUGGCCUGGGGUCUCGGCGGGGUGCAGAUGGUUCGCAAGCCCCAGCACGAAUCACAGCUGCUGUUCGCUCUGACCUCUCAGGCCGUGGCCUGGCAGAUCGGCGCCCCCCAGCGGAGACCAGAGUCCUUCCUCUUGAAUGGGGAGCGGGCCGUGACGCCCCCUGGGCUGGGUGCCCAGGGCGGUGUUGGCGUUGGCCUCGCGGGGGGGCUCGGCGGCCGCACCCCGAGGCACGUGGCCCCAGGCGCCAAGGGAGGCGUUGCAGAGGAGAACAACGUGGGCUUUGGGAUGCUGUUCUGUGUUGGAUGCAGUGCCAUCCCUCUCCCCUGGCAGCUCAACGCCCAUGUCUCUGUGUCCUGUCCUCAGCUGCCGGGCCUUGGUGACCAGACCACACUGUCCCUGCAGGAGUGCCUCCGGCUGCUGGAGGCCACCUUCCCAUUUGGAGACGAGGCUGAGUUCCCAGGCUCGGUGACCCCUGAGGUGCAUGAAGUGGGCCCAUCCACCUCGCAGGGCCCACUGCUGUCCCCCCUCCUGCCCGAGACUGACGCCCCUCUGGACCUGGAGCAGCAGUGGCAGGACAUCAUGGCCAUCAUGGAGCUACAGGACAUGGAGGUGAACAGCGUGACCGAUUCUUCUUAUCUCAACGGAAACACCAGCUCCAGUGGCAACAGCAGUGGGAUGGACACCGGAUCUGUGGAGAGUUUUGGCCUCUCCAGCCCCACCCCCAUUCACCAGGACGUGAGUCUCCACCAGGCCUCCCUGCCAAGCUGCAGCCAGGACUUCCCGGCCUUCUUCAGCCCUGAUCUGGACAGCGGCUGCUCCCUGGAGGCCCCCGGCCAGCCAUCCGCCCUCCUGAGCCUCUCUUCCAGCAACUCCACUGACGUCAACUCCACCUUCGGUGCCACCAACCUCACAGGCAUCUUCCUCCCGCCAGCGCUCAAUGGCACGGGCAACAGCACCUUGGAGCCGGCCAUGCCGGACCCGCUGGGCGGUCUCCUGGAGGAGGCCAUGCUGGAUGAGAUAAGCCUUCUGGACCUGGCCAUGGAGGAGGGCUUCAGCCAAGCACAGGCCUCCCAGCUAGAGGAGGAACUGGACUCCGACUCCGGUCUGUCUCUGGACUCCAGCCACAGCCCAGUCUCCCCUAGCAGCUCCGAGACCUCCUCCUCUUCGUCCUCCUCCUCUGCCUCCGUCUCCUUCUCGGAGGAAGGGGCCGUGGGCUACAGCACUGACUCCGAGGCCGUCGCGGACCUGGAGGAGGGCGCCGUGGGAGGCUACCAGCCCGAAUACAGCAAGUUCUGCCGCAUGAGCUACCAAGACCCGGCCCUGUUCCACCAGCUGCCCCACCUGGAGCACGUCAGCCACAACCACACCUACAACUUGCCCCUGUCCUCCCAUGCCGAGAAGCCCCAGGCAGCGGGCGCGGGGAAGAAGCCGUCCCGGGAGAAGCCCCAGCACCAGCCGCCGCAGGACCUCCUGGACAAGCAGUCGAGCCGCGACGAGAGGCGGGCCCGCGCCAUGAAGAUCCCCUUCUCUAACGACAAGAUCAUCAACCUGCCCGUGGAGGAGUUCAACGAGCUGCUGGCCAAGCACCACCUGAGCGAGGCCCAGCUGGCCCUGGUCCGGGACAUCCGGCGCCGGGGCAAGAACAAGAUGGCGGCUCAGAACUGCCGCAAGCGCAAGCUGGACACCAUCCUGAACCUGGAGCACGGCGUGGAGGAGCUGCGCCGCGACAAGACGCGGCUGCUGAAGGAGAAGAUGGAGUUCGUGCGCUCCAUCCGCCAGAUGAAGCAGAAGGUGCACAGCCUGUACCAGGAGGUCUUCUCGAGCCUGCGGGACGAGCACGGCCGCCCCUACCCCGCCAGCGACUACGCGCUCCAGUACGGUAGCGACGGGAGCGUCCUGCUCAUCCCGCGCAGCCUGGCCGCCGAGCAGGCGCGCAAACAGGAGCGCAAGCACAAGGACAGGAAGAAGUGAGGAUGGCCGCCUGGGCUUUCUUUACCCCUUUUGUUUGCGAAAAUCGUUUUGUAGCGGCAGAAAGGAGGGGAAGUGAUUUUUUUUUUCUUUCGCAAGGAGAAAAAAGAAAAGGCGGGGGGGGGGGAGGGAGGAGAGAAAUGCUCU